GGCAGGACGCUCGGCCGGGGCCGGGGUGGCGAUGUGGGGAGGCCCGGGCAGCCCCGGCGGCCUCGGGGACGGGGGCGGAGCCGGGGGCACCGCGGACACCGCCCCCCUGCGCCGGCGGAGCCGCCGCCCGAGCGCGGACCCGGGAGCCCGAGGCGGCUGCGGCGUGUGGGACGCCGAGGACGCAGCCAUGCCGGGCGGGGCCGAGGCCGGGGAGGCCGAGGAGGAGACCGGGGCCGGCUCGGGGUCCGAGGCGGAGGAAGACGCACUGUGGGAGAGAAUCGAGGGCCUCCGGCACCGGCUGACGCGCGCCCUGAACCCCGCCAAGCUCACUCCGUAUUUGCGCCAGUGCCGGGUCAUCGACGAGCAGGACGAGGAGGAGGUGCUGAGCACCUACCGCUUCCCGUGCCGCGUCAACCGCACCGGGCGCCUGAUGGACAUCCUGCGCUGCCGUGGCAAGAGGGGCUAUGAGGCCUUCCUGGAAGCCCUGGAAUUCUACUACCCCGAGCACUUCACGCUGCUCACAGGCCAGGAGCCCGCCCAGCGCUGCUCCAUGAUCCUCGACGAGGAGGGGCCCGAGGGCCUGACCCAGUUCCUGAUGACAGAGGUGCGGCGGCUGCGGGAAGCUCGCACCAGCCAACUGCAGCGGGAGCAGCAGCUGCAGGCUCGGGGCCGGGCGCUAGAGCAGGAGCGGGCAGGGCUGGAGCAGCGGCUGCAGGAGCAGCAGCAGGCCCAGGAGCGCUGCCAGCGGCUGCGGGAGGAUUGGGAGGCGGGCAACCUGGAGCUGCUGCGUCUCAAGGAUGAGAACUACAUGAUCGCCAUGCGCCUGGCACAGCUCAGCGAGGAGAAGAACUCAGCAGUGCUGCGCAGCCGGGACUUACAGCUGGCGGUGGAUCAGCUCAAGCUCAAGGUGAGCCGACUGGAGGAAGAAUGUGCACUGCUGCGCAGGAACAGGGGGCUGCUCCCCGGGGUCGAGGAGAAGGAGAAAGAGCCAGACAACACGGACCUGGUCUCCGAGCUGCGUGCUGAGAACCAGCGGCUGACGGCGUCGCUGCAGGAGCUGCAGGAUGGCCUGCAGCAGGAGGCUGGCCGGCCAGGGGCCCCGGGCUCGGAGCGUAUCCUCCUGGACAUCCUGGAGCAUGACUGGCGGGAGGCGCAGGACAGCAGGCAGGAGCUGUGCCAGAAGCUGCACGCCAUGCAGGGCGAGCUGCAGUGGGCAGAGGAGCUGCGGGACAAGUACCUGCAGGAGAUGGAGGACCUGCGGCUGAAACACCGCACGCUGCAGAAAGACUGUGACCUCUACAAGCACCGCAUGGCCACCGUGCUGGCCCAGCUCGAGGAGAUCGAGAAGGAGCGGGACCAGGCCAUCCAGAGCCGCGACCGGAUCCAGCUGCAGUACUCGCAGAGCCUUAUCGAGAAGGACCAGUACCGCAAGCAGGUGCGGGGCCUGCAGGCCGAGCGGGACGAGCUGUUGACCACGCUCACCAGCCUGGAGGGUGCCAAGGCCCUGCUGGAGGCCCAGCUGCAGCGGGCCCAGGGCGGUCCCUGCCUCAAGGCCUGUGCCUCCUCCCACUCCCUGUGCUCCAACCUCAGCAGCACCUGGAGCCUGAGUGAGGUCCCCUCCCUGCUGGGGGUUCCAGAUGCAGCUGGGGAGGCGGCCGUUGUUGGGGCAUCAGAACCCCACACGUCGGAGGAGGCCACAGACAGCGAGAAGGAGAUCAACCGGCUCUCCAUUCUGCCCUUCCCCCCCAGCGCCGGCUCCAUCCUCCGCCGGCAGCGUGAGGAGGACCCCGCACCCCCAAAGAGGUCCUUCAGCAGCAUGUCCGACAUCACAGUUCCCCAUCCCGGGACCCCUGACCCUCACUCCUCCCCUCCAGGGAGUGUGACGCUUAAGCCUUGGUCCCCCGGCCUCUCCUCUUCCUCGUCCUCUGACAGCGUGUGGCCCCUGGGAAAGCCGGACGGCCUCCUGGCCCGGGGCUGCGGCCUGGACUUCUUCAACAGGUCACUGGCCAUCCGAGUGUCUGGCUGGAGCCCCCCGGGGGGCCCCGAUUCGCAGGACAAGAGCCCAGACGGCCUGCCGUUCCUUGGGGACAGCUGGUCUGGGGCCGUGGUGCGGAGGGUGCUCUCUGGGCCAGGGUCUGCCAAGGCAGAAUCCUGCGAGCCAAGGGCUGAAGCCACUGGCCUGGAGGGGGCCUGUCUGGAAGCCGAAGCCCAGCAGAGAACUUUGCUCUGGACCCAAGCGUCCACAUCCCCCUUCCUGAUGGACCAGAAGGCCUGCCAGUCCUUUCACGAGGCCCUGGAAGCCUGGGCCAAGGGGCCGGGUGCUGAGCCCCUCUACAUUCGUGCCAACUUCCCCCUGCCGGAGCGGGCGGACCCCCACGCGCUGUGCGUGAAGGCUCAGGAGAUCCUGCGGCUGGUGGGCCUGGCGUACAGGCGGCGGCAGGAGUGGUUCUGCACGCGGGUGGACCCCCUCAUGCUGCGGGACCUGGACCGGGGCACCGUGCCCAAUUACCAGAGAGCCCAGCAGCUGCUAGAAGUUCAGGAAAAAUACCUGCCCUCCAGCCGGCCCCGCAGCCACCGGAACAACCUGAAGAAGCGAGCCCUGGACCAACUGCGGCUGGUGAAGCCCAAGCACCUGGGGGGUCCUGCUGGGGACUCCCCGGAGCAGCUGCUGUUGGAGCCCUGCUCAGAGCCGGAGCGGAGCCUCAGACCCUACAGCCUGGUGCGGCCACUGCUGGUGCCCACCCUGCGGCCAGUGGUGCUCUUGCCCGAGUGCCUGGCGCCCCGGCUCAUCCGCAACCUGCUGGACCUGCCCAGCUCCCGGCUGGACUUCCACGUGUGCUCAGCGGAAAGCCUCUCGGGGGAGGAGCUGUGCCCGGCCUCCGCGCCCGGAGCCCCCAAGGCCCGGCCUGCCACCCCGGGCCUGGGCAGCAGGAUCCGCGCCAUUCAGGAGUCUGUUGGGAAGAAGCACUGCCUGUUGGAGCUGGGCGCGCAGGGUGUGCGGGAGCUGGUCCAGAACGAGAUCUACCCCAUCGUCGUCCACGUGGAGGUGACCGAGAAGAACGUCCGGGAAGUCAGGGGUCUGCUGGGCCGGCAGGGCUGGCGGGACUCGGAGCUGCUGCGACAGUGCCGUGGCUCGGAGCCGGAGCUGUGGGGACUGCCCUGCUCCUGGGUGCAGGUGCACGCCCAUGCCUGGGGCCAUGCGGAGGAGCUGGCCAAGGUGGUGCGCGGCUGCAUCCUGCAGGAGCAGGGCCGCCUCGUGUGGGUGGAGUGCGGCAGAGGCGGUGGCGGCAGCAGCAGCAGCAGCGAGGCCUGAGAGCUCCCUGGGGCGCCUGUGGCUUCCUCGAGCCUUUUGCAGUCCUCCAGCGGGGGCCCUGGUGUCUGGUUGCACUGGGUCCCCCCACCCCAUGCUGAGCCUUCCUAGACCCUUGGACUCUUGGACGUGGCACCCUAGGGUCUGGGCUCUCCCACCUGAGUUUGUGGCUGGUGCUUCUGAGCCUGUGGGAGCCCCAUGGGGCAGAGCUCCUGCCUGCCCUGGACUUGCUGCUCUGGGCCCUCCUGCACCCCACGUGCAUCUCCAUGUCCCCACUCGUAGGUCAGCCAUGCUUGGGGCUGCGUCCUGUCCUUAAGUGUUCUCCCCGGAGCGUCUGAGUUCUCACCAUUGCACGGGUUUGCACACCCAAGUUCUCGGGGUGGCUCACGCCUGCCCCUCCACACGAAGCCUCACGUUUUUCCCUCUGCCCGGGCACACGAGUCCCAUGCAGUGUGCCCCAUGGGUGCACCAGGCCCGUUUCUGUGUGGCCCCCAUCUACACAGAUCCCUUCUCGUGUGUCCUCCGUGCAUGGCCGCCAUGGCCACCCCAGUCCACAAUGCUGUCCGCGUGCCCCUCAUGCCUUCUCCCUGUGUCCUCUCACCCAUGUUCAUGGUUCUCUCCUGUGUAAAUGUCAUACUCCCACCCCCUGACACUUGGGCACUAACACACGUGUGUUCCCGGCGAGCACACGCAGGACUGUUCUCACAGCACCUGCUCCCUGGCUUGUAUCCUGCCUCUUGGAGGGACAGGUGGGGAGGGGCUGGCUGCUCCGUCACCAGAAUGUAUCGUGGCUCGUGGAUCCUUAGCGAGCCCUCUCACUCAAAGGCUCCAUGUUAUGGAACAUUAAACACUUUUUCAUAGAAGCUGGUGGCCUU